AUGUGCCCCAGGCAAGCAAAGCAAGAAAAGAACAACUACCCUGAAUAUAUCCAUCACGAUAUGCUUGAUAAUAUGUUCAUUAAUCUGACAUUGGAAAAGAUUGGUGAGUUCCGUCGUGUCAGCAAAGCUUGGGAGCAAAUGACAAAAAGACAAGAAUUUGUUCUUAAAAAACGUGAGAUGAGCUACCCUGCAACUGAAAACAACAUCCUUGUUUUCACUCAAACAAGCCAAGAAGGUCACCUUUUGCAAGACAAGCUAAUCGCCACCAACAUAAAAGUGCAAAUGGAUAACCCAUGCAACCACAUACGAUUGCAAGAAGAGAUGUCGAUGGGUGACGACGGCAUCCAUAAAAUCAUGCCUAUCACCAAAGAUUCGGUCUGUCUGCAAACCAGAGGGGAAUUGAAAACACUUUGCAAUGUAUGUCCCCGCCUUGUAUCUGAUCGAACCUGGUUUGAUAGAUAUGUGUACUGGCGUGUAGACAAACUAUCCUCUGAAAUAGCAACACCUCAAGAGUUGCUGGUCGUGUUUGACUACCACACUCAACAAUUCCAAACCACAAACUGCCCUCCAUCUCCAAUCUUCUUUAACCCCACUGAUUCUUAUCAUAUGAAUCUCCAAGUGAAAAUAUUGGACUUCCAGGGGACUUUGUGUGUAAUAGAUGAGUACCACAUUACUCAGAAUCAUCACUGUCAGAUGUGGGUGUGGGAUCUAGAUACUUCCACAUGGGAUUGCAUGUUUGAGACCCAUGAAUUCCCAAAUGUGAAUACACAUGUUCCACACGGAUUACAGUUCCGUCAUGAUUGGCUUUAUCCAGUGUUUCUAAGCCACAAAUCAUCUCCAGCAGUACAGUUCAUUGUCAAAGGAUACGAUAAUCGACAUUUGCUGUUGUAUAGUGUUCCUACCAGGAAAAUCACACACUCAAGUACAUCGCCGGAUCUAGAAACCAGUUUCAUCAUUACAGCAUGUUACUUCUGGGAGACAUUAACACACUUUUAG